AAUGAAAACCUAAAAUACAUAAAGACUAAACUCAAGUUUUUUUCCCCCCAAAAUUAUAACUUUGCAUCUCUCUGGUUGAGAAAUUUAUGUCUGUACUUUUCCUAGGUUUCCCAGUAUUCUGUGGAAAAGAAUUAAGGACAAAAAACGAAAACAUUACGCUGAGAUACUUAACUGACUUGGCUUAACAGUGUCUUAAAAGUAAUUUCAGAGGCCGGGCAUGGUGGCUCACGCUUGUUAAUCCUAAAGCUCUGGGAGGCUGAGAUGGGUGGAUUGCCUGAGCCAAAGCCAGAUCUCAAGAUAGUGGGCGUUUAGGUAGGCUCCUUUAGUCCCAGUUCCUCAGGGAGGCUGAGGCAAGAGAAUUACUUGAGCCCAAGAGUUUGAGGCUGCUGUGAGCUAUGAUGCCGUGGCACUCUACCGAGGGUGACAAAAUAACACUCAAAAAAAAUAAACUAAGAAGCAUGACACAAUCUGGAUUUUGCUGAGUAUUUUUAUCAGUAAAUAAAAAUACAUAAGUUUAUGUAACGAGAAAAGAAUAUGUUUCAUAAAGUGGUAAGGCCUUUGUUGGUUGGCAUAAUAUUCUUUAAAAUCUGCUGAAUUCUAGUGAAGUCAAGUUUUUCAUUAAUGCCCAGUUUAGAGAGUAGCUACUUUGUGCACACUAGACUGGAGCAAAAGUUAUUGAAUUUUGUAAAUUGCUUUAAUUACUUUGCCCUAAUUUAAACUUGCUUACUUGAAAAUAGAGAGAAUCUUAAAGUAUCAGUUAUUUGUUUUUUAAGUGGCCAGUGAACAAAAACACAAAUAUGACUAGGAAGGAGAGAAGACUAGAUCUUGAGGGACUAGUUGUUUUCUCUCCCAAAAGUUUCUUAAACCCGAAGUUUACAUUCUUUUUUCUUUCUUUUUUUUUUGUAGAGACAAGAGUCUCACUUUAUCGCCCUUGGUAGAGUGCUGUGGCAUCACAGCUCAUAGCAACCUCCAACUCCUGGGCUUAAGCGAUUCUCUUGCCUCAGCCUCCAGAGUUGCUGGAACUACAGGCACCCGCUGCAACGCCUGGCUAUUUUUUUGUUGCAGUUCGGCUGGGGCCAGGUUUGAACCCGCCACCCUCUGUAUAUGGGGCCGGUGCCUUACCAACUGAGCCACAUGCGCUACCCCGAAGUUUACGUUCUUGGGCUUAAUAAGUUACACGAGUAUCUACAGAUGUGUCAGCUUAUAAGUUUAAAAAAGAACACUGGGGGUGGCUCCUGUGGCUCAAGGAAUAGGGCACCCGUCCCAUAUGCCGGAGGUGGCGGGUUCAAACCCAGCCCUGGCCAAAAAAAAAACCACACACACACAAAAAAAAAAGAACACUGGAAUAUUCACAUAAAAAUCACAAAAUUCAAAGUUAAGGUUCUUUUCAGGUGACCCGUUAUGGUAGUAAUUGUGAGCACAUAGAGGUGUUAAUACUAAGUAAAGCAAAGUAUAUGGUUUUGUGGUCUGUGUGUUCUCUCUUCUAGUUGCGUACUAAAAAAGGGCAAGUUGGAGAUUUUUAAUUUGAGCUGUCAUUAGAUUUACAUUAGGUCAAAUACCCAGGAAAACAAUUGCGAUAUGAAAUGUAAAGCCUGUGUGGUGAGUCUGUGGUACAGACCAUUCCCGUAUGCCAUAUAUGUAUAAGUGAAAGCCAUCCAUGAGAAAAGCACAAAGCAUCUUCUGUGUCUCAGAAUGGAACUGACCUUCGAAUUCCAUAAACAUGAAUCCAAAAUCAAAAAAUGGGAAAGAAGCAGAAUGGAAAGAGUAAAAAGGUUGAAGAGGCAGAGCCUGAAGAAUUUGUGGUGGAAAAAGUUCUGGAUCGACGAGUAGUAAAUGGGAAGGUGGAGUAUUUCCUGAAGUGGAAGGGAUUUACAGAUGCUGAUAAUACUUGGGAACCUGAAGAAAAUUUAGAUUGUCCAGAGUUAAUUGAAGCAUUUCUUAAUUCUCAAAAAGCUGGUAAAGAAAAGGAUGGUACAAAAAGAAAAUCUUUAUCUGACAGUGAAUCAGAUGAUAGCAAAUCAAAGAAGAAAAGAGAUGCUGCUGACAAACCAAGAGGCUUUGCCAGAGGUCUUGAUCCUGAAAGAAUAAUUGGUGCCACAGACAGCAGUGGAGAAUUAAUGUUUCUUAUGAAGUGGAAAGAUUCAGAUGAGGCAGAUUUGGUGCUGGCAAAAGAAGCAAACAUGAAGUGCCCUCAAAUUGUUAUUGCUUUUUAUGAAGAGAGACUAACUUGGCAUUCUUGUCCAGAAGAUGAAGCUCAAUAAUUGUUUGCAUUGCUUUUUAUAUAUAUUUAUAUAUAUAAAAAAAUCUGGGUCUUGAGAGUGUGAAGAAAUAACUACAUUCUAA